AUUCUGGUCGGAAUCCACCUCUCCGCCUGUGCAACACACACUUUACACACGCACGGGGACUGCAAACGGGCAGCAUCGAUCGUGGCUCCUUUAAGACAAACUCAGACAGACAUUUUUUUUAACCCUCCUUCUCUAAUCUCCCUCCAGUGCAGCACUUGCAAAGAGGGAGAGAGAGAGGGAGAGAAAGAAAGAGAGAGAGAGAAGAGAGAAACUGAUUAGGAAUUAGGACUGAUUCAAGGGAAGCGAGCGCUAGGGCUUUGUGCAUUUGAAUAUUAACAUUUGAGGUGUUCUGACCAGAAGAAGACAGAGCGGAUGAUCAUUCAUUCACCACGUUGACAACCUCGCCUGUGAUUGACAGCUGGAGUGGCAGAAAGCCAUGAGAUUUGGUAGUUGGGUCUGAGGGGCGCUCUUUUUUUUCCUUUUCUUUCUUUCUUUCUUUUUUUUUUUUUUAAACUGAUUUUUGGGGGAGAGAAGAUCUGCUUUUUUUUGCCCCCGCUGCUGUCUUGGAAACGGAGCGCUUUUAUGCUCAGUGACUCGGGCGCUUUGCUUCAGGUCCCGUAGACCGAAGAUCUGGGACCAGUAGCUCACGUUGCUGGAGACGUUAAGGGAUUUUUCGUCGUGCUUUUUUUUUUUUUUUUUUCCCGGGGAGUUUGAAUAUUUGUUUCUUUUCACACUGGCCUUAAAGAGGAUAUAUUAGAAGUUGAAGUAGGAAGGGAGCCAGAGAGGCCGAUGGCGCAAAGGUACGACGAUCUACCCCAUUACGGGGGCAUGGAUGGAGUAGGCAUCCCCUCCACGAUGUAUGGGGACCCGCAUGCAGCCAGGUCCAUGCAGCCGGUCCACCACCUGAACCACGGGCCUCCUCUGCACUCGCAUCAGUACCCGCACACAGCUCAUACCAACGCCAUGGCCCCCAGCAUGGGCUCCUCUGUCAAUGACGCUUUAAAGAGAGAUAAAGAUGCCAUUUAUGGACACCCCCUCUUCCCUCUCUUAGCACUGAUUUUUGAGAAAUGUGAAUUAGCUACUUGUACCCCCCGCGAGCCGGGGGUGGCGGGCGGGGACGUCUGCUCGUCAGAGUCAUUCAAUGAAGAUAUAGCCGUGUUCGCCAAACAGAUUCGCGCAGAGAAACCUCUAUUUUCUUCUAAUCCAGAACUGGAUAACUUGAUGAUUCAAGCCAUACAAGUAUUAAGGUUUCAUCUAUUGGAAUUAGAGAAGGUACACGAAUUAUGUGACAAUUUCUGCCACCGGUAUAUUAGCUGUUUGAAAGGGAAAAUGCCUAUCGAUUUGGUGAUAGACGAUAGAGAAGGAGGAUCAAAAUCAGACAGUGAAGAUAUAACAAGAUCAGCAAAUCUAACCGACCAGCCCUCUUGGAACAGAGAUCAUGAUGACACGGCAUCUACUCGUUCAGGAGGAACCCCAGGCCCUUCCAGCGGUGGCCACACGUCACACAGUGGGGACAACAGCAGUGAGCAAGGUGAUGGCUUGGACAACAGUGUAGCUUCCCCCAGCACAGGUGACGAUGAUGACCCUGAUAAGGACAAAAAGCGUCACAAAAAGCGUGGCAUCUUUCCCAAAGUAGCCACAAAUAUCAUGAGGGCGUGGCUGUUCCAGCAUCUAACACACCCUUACCCUUCUGAAGAACAGAAAAAGCAGUUGGCACAAGACACGGGACUCACCAUCCUUCAAGUGAACAAUUGGUUUAUUAAUGCCCGGAGAAGAAUAGUGCAGCCCAUGAUAGACCAGUCCAACCGAGCAGUAAGUCAAGGAACACCUUAUAAUCCUGAUGGACAGCCCAUGGGAGGUUUCGUAAUGGACGGUCAGCAACAUAUGGGAAUUAGAGCACCAGGACCUAUGAGUGGAAUGGGCAUGAAUAUGGGCAUGGAGGGGCAGUGGCACUACAUGUAACCUUCAUCUAGUUAACCAAUCGCAAAGCAAGGGGGAAGGCUGCAAAGUAUGCCAGGGGAGUAUGUAGCCCGGGGUGGUCCAAUGGGUGUGAGUAUGGGACAGCCAAGUUAUACCCAACCCCAGAUGCCCCCCCAUCCUGCUCAGCUGCGUCAUGGGCCCCCCAUGCAUACGUACAUUCCUGGACACCCUCACCACCCAACAGUGAUGAUGCAUGGAGGACCGCCCCACCCUGGAAUGCCAAUGUCAGCAUCAAGCCCCACAGUUCUUAAUACAGGAGACCCAACAAUGAGUGGACAAGUCAUGGACAUUCAUGCUCAGUAGCUUAAGGGAAUAUGCAUUGUCUGCAAUGGUGACUGAUUUCAAAUCAUGUUUUUUCUGCAAUGACUGUGGAGUUCCAUUCUUGGCAUCUACUCUGGACCAAGGAGCAUCCCUAAUUCUUCAUAGGGACCUUUAAAAAGCAGGAAAUACCAACUGAAGUCAAUUUGGGGGACAUGCUAAAUAACUAUAUAAGACAUUAAGAGAACAAAGAGUGAAAUAUUGUAAAUGCUAUUAUACUGUUAUCCAUAUUACGUUGUUUCUUAUAGAUUUUUUAAAAAAAAUGUGAAAUUUUUCCACACUAUGUGUGUUGUUUCCAUAGCUCUUCACUUCCUCCAGAAGCCUCCUUACAUUAAAAAGCCUUACAGUUAUCCUGCAAGGGACAGGAAGGUCUGAUUUGCAGGAUUUUUAGAGCAUUAAAAUAACUAUCAGGCAGAAGAAUCUUUCUUCUCGCCUAGGAUUUCAGCCAUGCGCGCGCUCUCUCUCUUUCUCUCUCUUUUCCUCUCUCUCCCUCUUUCUAGCCUGGGGCUUGAAUUUGCAUGUCUAAUUCAUUUACUCACCAUAUUUGAAUUGGCCUGAACAGAUGUAAAUCGGGAAGGAUGGGAAAAACUGCAGUCAUCAACAAUGAUUAAUCAGCUGUUGCAGGCAGUGUCUUAAGGAGACUGGUAGGAGGAGGCAUGGAAACCAAAAGGCCGUGUGUUUAGAAGCCUAAUUGUCACAUCAAGCAUCAUUGUCCCCAUGCAACAACCACCACCUUAUACAUCACUUCCUGUUUUAAGCAGCUCUAAAACAUAGACUGAAGAUUUAUUUUUAAUAUGUUGACUUUAUUUCUGAGCAAAGCAUCGGUCAUGUGUGUAUUUUUUCAUAGUCCCACCUUGGAGCAUUUAUGUAGACAUUGUAAAUAAAUUUUGUGCAAAAAGGACUGGAAAAAUGAACUGUAUUAUUGCAAUUUUUUUUUGUAAAAGUAGCAGUUUGGUAUGAGUUGGCAUGCAUACAAGAUUUACUAAGUGGGAUAAGCUAAUUAUACUUUUUGUUGUGGAUAAACAAAUGCUUGUUGAUAGCCUUUUUCUAUCAAGAAACCAAGGAGCUAAUUAUUAAUAACAAUCAUUGCACACUGAGUCUUAGCGUUUCUGAUGGAAACAGUUUGGAUUGUAUAAUAACGCCAAGCCCAGUUGUAGUCGUUUGAGUGCAGUAAUGAAAUCUGAAUCUAAAAUAAAAACAAGAUUAUUUUUGUCA